CAACCAACUGUCCAAGAAAACGUGUAUGCUAUUGCAACGGAGAAUAGUGGUCAAAUUAGUAAUGUAUCUAUGUAAGUUUAACGCCUAACCAAUCUGCUGAUUUCCCACAUAACAAAAGAUUAAAAUAUUCAUGGCAUCAUUCACUAGUUUUUGACCUAAACUUUGUUUUCUAAAAUUCAAGAAUUGUUGGAACCGUUUUGUGAAUCGGUCUUAAUUUUAUGACUAAUAUAUAGAUGUUGAUUCCACUGUAUAUCUUAACAUACCUAUGGGAUAAUGGAUUAGUCCAGACCCUUUCUUUACCACGGCACCAUUAGGAAUUUUGGAUUAUUUUAUGUGUUUGUAAGAUGGUCGAAUGAUCUUUAGUUGUUGGCCAUUAGAAUUAGAGACAAGAAGAAGAAAAAUCUCAGUUUAGUAGGCCAAAUAAAUCCAGAAACCACCCGUAAAGUUUUAAAAACGCACUGUAAAUAAAUAUUUUUCCGAAAUGGAUAUCGCAAGAGAACCGAAUUUGGAUCUGCUGACAGCCAAAGACUUCUCGCCGGAGAAAUAUGUAAAGGAAUUGUCACAUAACUACGUGGGCGGUCUCGAAUUAAAAAACUUGCGUAAAAAGAUACAAUCUCUGUCCGAAGAAACAAGCGGCAACUUAAAACGCAACGUCUACCAUAACUACGUGCAGUUUAUCGACGCAGCUAAGGAAAUAUCUCACCUUGAAAGUGAAAUGUAUCAGUUGUCUCACUUGCUUUCAGAGCAAAAGUCCUUACUGACUGCCUUAUCAAGCACUUCAAUUUUGGAAGACCGGACGCACGUCAAUAUCGAGAGGGACAACAGACUGGACAGGAACGAAUUGGAGGAGGAAAACAAGCAAAAGAUGACGGUUAUAUUUGAAAAUGUUGAGGGUUGUAAAGAAAUCUUGGACGUUCCAGCACGGACUUACUUAUUUGAGGGCGAUUUGUUGGAAAUCGAUCCAACGGAGAACACUGCGUUGAAAUUCGUGCACGUGUACUUGUUUAACGACGGUUUGAUGGUAACCACUCGCAAUACGCGCGGACGCGGAUUGAUGAAGUUUGCUUUUGAAAGUUUUUACGAACUUGCCAGUUUGGCAGUGGUGAAUGUAAGAGACCUGGGAAACGUGAAGCACGCUUUCAAACUGCUCAUAUUUCCAGACACGCGUGUAUUCCAAUGCUCCUCGAACUCCAGCAAAAAAGAGUGGUUGGAUAAAAUUGAUCAGGUGAAAAAAGCGCGUUUAGCGUCGGAUCAGCAGAAACGCGAGUCCUCCAUCGAAAAAUCACCUUCGAGGUCCAUGAUCUCGGUGGGAUCACCUCUCGCCAAUUCCACCACCAUGGAACCAGCAGAAACUGCAAUCACGACGCACCCGGACUGGUUCCUGAACGUCGUCGACGAGCUCGACGUGUGCAUAGCUCAGCGACACUUCGAGGAGGCCGUCAAUCUGCUGGAAAAAGCGACGCGGUAUGUUCAAACCCUUCCCCAAGCGGACCACGCCUCCGAGGUUCAACGCAAGGCCGACGUCAAACGCAAUCACUUGAUCGAAGUGUUGAUGAAAGAGCUCGAGGUUAACCCCAACAAGUCUUUACAGGGCGGAUUAAGGGCCGCCCGCCGUGCCGUCAGGUUACUUAACCAGCUAGGCAGGUCGGCGCAAUCCUGCGCAUUGUUCCUAAAACUGUGCAGCAGCAUAUUGAAGAUCCAGUGCAAGCGAGUGAGACGUGAGAGUUCGACUACGACAUACGUCAGGCACUUGUCGAGCGUCGUGUUCACAAACAUGUGUCACAUGUCAGAAGAGUUCGCGAGAGCGUUUUCCGAUUCGCCGAGCUGCACAUCGUCAUACGUCGUGUGGUCCAGCCAAGAGGUGUCGGUUUUCAUCAGUCAUUUUAUUAAGCAAGCUUUUAUGCCGCAGACGAGUUUGUCAACAAUAGCCGACUGCGUGGUGUUGGUGAGGGAACAGUGCGAGCGUCUGUGGGCGUACGGGAUGGACUUUAGGUACCAAUUGGAUGGAGCCCUGAGGGCCCCUCUGGCAAAGUCUCUGCGGGACGCGCGCGACAAGCUGAUCGAUUCGGUUAAGCUGAGGGCGAUCGAGGACAAGUGGAUCCCAUUGAAUCUUGUUACCAAGAGCGCGCUAGCACGAUGCCUGCACGAGUAUGAGCAGUUCGGCCUUCGACUGGACGCGUACGUCACGGGUGAUGUGUGGUUGCAAUUGGCGUCAAGCAACCUCGCCUUCACCAAGACGUUCGUCGCACUGCUGAACGAUUGUCUCAAAUUGAGGACGUGUGAACUGCUGCAUAGCAUUGAUGACACGCUGUAUAGGGUGUACGACGCGCAGGUUAAACAUAAUGAGCAAGCGCUCUGCAAUGAGCUGCAGCCCGAGCAGAGAAGGUUCAUCCUGAAGAAUGUUAGUUUCCUGUUAGGCCCUUUGCUUGACUUGGCACAGAGUAGGUACAAGAAGGCUGUCGGCUACGAAUGCGCCUCUCUAGGCAAAUUGAGGGACGAGUAUUCGGCCCUGCUCAGAGGUGUAGUGCCGGCUCCCCGAGCAGUCACCAAGACCGCGUAUUCCGCAGAGUUUGUGUGAGGGGGCGUGGCACUGCGGCAUAAGCAAAGUUAAUAUACAGGGUAUUCUUUGUCCAAUAAAACCAACAAACUAUACGGGAUAUAACGUAAAUCCCUGGAUUUCCUAUGAAAAAGGAAUUUUGUAGCAAAAGACUUUAAUAAUUUUUGGUGGGCGGGACAGUCCAUUUUAAUUUUUCUGCAAAAGUUAACAAACAGCAAAAUGUACUGUUAGACUUAAAUGCAUACCAAGGCUUAUGGAAAAAAUAUUUAAAAUAUGUAUGUAACAUGCGUGAAAAAUUAGGUUAGUUUAGGCUGUUUAAACUUUUUCUUUACGUUGAUUUCUACGACUUUUCGUCUUAAAUCAGCCCAUUUCAGCCCAUUGGAUAAGGUCAUUAAUAGAUCGCCUAGCUUGGCUUGUUGAAAUAAGCUUGUCUUCUGUAUUUGACAGUAUUGUCGUUGUCAUAUUUUUCUGAAUCAGAAUCAAUUGGUGUUUCGUCCUCCAACUGAUUUAAGUUUGCUGAUUCAUCUUUAUUCCAUUCGUGAAUGUUGUUUAUUUCACAUUCAAGCUGUAAUAUACAAAAUUCAAAAUUAACGUAAACAUGGAACCUCCAUAACUCGAAUCUCUCUGUAUCCUGACCUAUUUUAGGGGUCUUCGUAGCGCAAACUUAAAACAUUAACAAUAAUUGAUGAAAAAACGUAGAUUUUAAAAGAGUCGGGAAUGGUAUCCAAGAAAAAAAAAUUGUCAACCACAUGACAUGACAGGCUGGAAAAUGUUUGAUAAUUAGUAUUGUUGGGUUGUUUACAUUUUUUUUUUUGAAAUAUAAUAAAUAUCAUACUUAAAGUACUUAUGCAUUUUUCACAGUCCCUUAAAGUUCAAGUUAUAGAGGUUUGACUUCGUUUUUGUCAUUUUACUUACAUUUGGAUUAAUAUUUUGUAAGAGGUUUAUAACACUCUGGUUAGCAUUGUGUGCUUCACCUUUGAGUAAUCGUACUCAUAAAACAUUUAAGGGGACAUUAUCCUCUUCACCGUCCAAGUUGAUUAUUAAAACAUUUCUCUAUAAGAAUUGGUUUUAACAUAUUCCAGGCCAAAGCUAAAUUUGAAACUGCAUAUAAUAAUAAUCGACAAAGUGAAACACGCAAAAUCCCCGAGUCGCGAGGGGAAUCGAUGUGCGUCGCAGUUCAUUGUAUCGGAGUUUACCGCUGUUCACUGUAUCGCGAAGCACAAUGAUACCAUUUGUGUCUUCACUCUACGGGGUAGGUCACUAAAUCAUGACUUCACUGUAUUUACAAAAUAAUCAAGUCUAUUCUCAAAGCUAUUCAGGGUAGGUGCAGUCACAACUGAUACAACUGUUCCACUCAUUUACAACACAGUUUCUAUUUUUUGGCGUGAAAGUCUGUGAGUUCAGUACACAAUUUUAGUCAACGACCCCUUAGGUUAUUUUCAUUUGGAUGAAACAAGUGACAUGAGUAGUGGCCAUGCAGGAUUUUGUAGCAUUCCAUUAAGUCCUCCCUUUCUUCUCCUUUCGUCUAAGGUGGUUAGGCGAAGACAUUUUAAUUGAUCUUUAUAUGGGAGGUUGCUUACAGAUGAUGGGAUUUUUGUUGCUCGCCUCUGAACCCGUUUAAGAUUUAUGUCCUUCCAGGACUGGUCAGUUGAAGCUUUUGUAGGCUUGAAGAAAAGAUACUUACGACAUCUCCUUGAAAGCAUGUCGUAUCACAUAGAUUCAGAUGAUGGCAUGUUUUACUACCUUUGUAAUCUGGCUCUCCCAUUUUAGGGUGGUUUAAGAUAUAAAAACACUGUCUGUUCAUUUACGGAUCUUUUAUACCAUAGUCAAAUUUAGGAUUUUUAUAACCUAUACGUAGCGUUGUACAUUUGUGUGCUUUAGCUAAUGUUGCACUACAUGUGCUUAGCAAGGCCAGAGACAUAUAUUAUGAAUAAAAGGGUACCAGCACUGAUCUCCGAGACGUAUUUCACUCAAAACCUCAAAAUCUGAAGAGCCAUCUGGAAGUUCAACAUUUUGAUCCAUCCCACCAGUUUACCUCUUGUACCAUAGUGCUGUAGUUUGUAAACACGUCUUGCCAGGGAGACUGUGUCAAAACCAUAUCUACUGGAUAUCCCUUAUGGGCCUGGGUCCACAGUUCCAAAUUGGCAAUUAGAUUUGAAUUAACAGAUCUUUGAGGUAGAAAACUAUGCUGGUUAUCAAGGAGGUCCUGUUGAUUGGUCAUUAGAAAUUCAGUGAGUUCCCAAGCAAUUAUCUUUUCCAUAACUUUGCUGGGAAUAGAAGUUAGACUCUGAUUGGUUGGUAGUUGUUUGCCUAAUAUUUAUUGCCUUUCUUGGGCAUAGGAAUAAUAAUUGUCUUUUUCGAACUGGGGAUAGCUUCAUUUCGUCUGUGGAUUCAUUCAUCAUUCGAGACAUCAGUUUUGCUUAUUGUCGAUGAAUAGUUUUUUAGAAAAACUGGGGACACAUUAUCAGGAUCAGGACUAGCAUGAAACUUAAACUGGGCUAGAACUUUUUCUUCGGUGCAUUUUAUUUCUGAAAUCGAUGCCUGGGUAAGAAUUUCUAAGGUUAGCGCAGGACAUUUGGUUAGGUCCUCUUGGACAUAAACACUGUCGAGUUGUUCAGCACAUGGUUGUGAGAUCCUAAUUGAUUCAGUUUCUAACUCACCAGAGCUGUCAAGCAAGGCAAAAUUAACUUACUUUAAAUUCUAAUGAGUUGUUAAUGUAUUGGUAAAACUUGCCUGAGAGUGGGAAAUACAACUUCUGAUUGUUUGUGAUGUAUUUCAACAAGGAGUUGAUCAAAUUUUACUAAAGCACAGCAAAGAUCUGAGAAAUGGAGGAAUAAAAGUUUGCAUUCAGUUUUUUAACGGUGGAUUCGACUUGAUUACCUUUGGGAUGCCACCAAUAUAUUUUAUAGUAAGUAAAGGAUCAGUCUUUCUUCUUCUAGAAUCUUGUACUUCUGUAAGAUACAUUUGCGACGUGAUAUCUUAAAAAUAUAACAUUAUCUGUA